UUGCUUAAUAAUAAAAUUAUGUAUUCCAGAGUAAUUGGAAUUUUUCCUAGAAUCUAAAAUAUUACCUGAAUAUUGAGCUAAAUAUAUCGCUGGUGUCAUAACAGCUGGAGAGGAUCACAGAAAGCCCAUAAUUUGGUGGAAUCAAAGUAAAAAUCAACCAGUGCCCAAAGUCUUGAAGUGAUCAGCACCUGGAGAGGAGGUAAAAGCUCUGACACUUGAAGUAACUAGCAUUUCUGAAUAGAUUACAGACAUGCUGCAAUUCAUUCCACCUUUCUUUCAUUCUUUUUUUAAGUAGUCACAAAAACAUGAUGAAAAGGCCAUUUUGUGCUCGUAUGUCAACAACACAAGUAGCUCAUUUUCUUACCAUUCACAUGCAGACAAAUCACAUCCCCAACCUGUGCAUAGACACAGGUUGGGGAUGUGAGAAAGGUGAUCAGCUCUGGCUCUGCUCAACACCUCCACAACAGAAUCAGUGUAGGGAGUCAUUUUAAUCUGCCACUGAGUGAUAGAGCUUUUCGAAAGAAGUCAAGCUAAUUGAGCCGAUGAAAGAAAUGCUCCUGGAGCGAGUGUUUCUAGGCGCAGCUGGUUUGCAGGUACAUGGCCGUGUGGCAUAUAGUACCCAGGAUAAUAUACUUCCAGUAUGAGAAAUGAUGAUCUCUAGAAGGAAGACCAUCAGAGCAUUUUCUUAUUUUAUAAGUACAGGGGCUCCUUUUCAUGCAGUAUCACUCAUAUAUUUGUUAAACAUAUAUGUAAGUGAUGAAUGGAGGAGGUUUGCAGCUUGAUCCUCUGUUGAAUCUGGUUUUGUCCUGCAAAUACACUGAGUUUUUUUCUCAACUAUUCACCAGAUAUACACAAGUGCACACAUUAAUCUAGUGAGAGAGGUAUAAGGCCUCACCUAUUAGCCAUACAAAGAAAAGUGGUCACCUCAUCUGUCUUUCUGUUCUUCUUGAUGUCGAUUCCAGCAUCAAGUUUCCUGUUUGGAUUCCCCGCAGGUUGGGGCACCAUAGUUUACAGACUAGGAAAACACUGUUGAUCUUAACAAGACUUCCUCAUCAAUCAAAUCUCUCUUUUACACAGGCCAACAACAUCAGCACACACACACGCUAACCCAUGGAAGGUGUCUGGUGGUCAUUUACAUAUCUCUUUCUCUAUAAAGCAAACAUGAAGCUCAAAACCUAUCAUGUCUAAGAGAAGAAUAGUGCUGCAAAAAUACACAGAGGGUGAACUUCAGACCUAAAUGCUGACUUACUUACUUUUUACUCUGUCUUACAAACAACUUUCUCUCCUAGAAAUGAUGUCAAUAUACAGCUUACUUGUUUCCACUGGUUAUGUUUUUAUGAGUAGCGUAAUUGCUGCCUGGAUUAGCUUCACUGGCGAUGUGUUUUCCCUGUGUGUGGCUGACAUCAAGCAACAACUGCACUUUGAUUAAGGUUAGGGAAAUACUGUGGUUCUGGUUUAAAGUUAAUAAAUAAACACACAGUGUGUAAUGCUUCAAAUCACUGUUGACCUUUUCAAAAUUAAACCAAGAGUGACAUGUGAGCACCUAGACAUACAGUGUGUUGUCAGUGCAAACACAUUCAGGGUGUACAUUUGAAACAUUUUACAAAUACAUUCAUUAAAGAAUAUCUUGUGAGUCAUUGGUCAUACCAGAUUUGCAAAUGCCAAAAGCUUGUCUGCACCCAGGACAAAGUCUGUACUACUCCUAGUUUAUCUGAUACAGUGUGUUGCAGGGGAAAUACAAUCAUGUACAUUAUUCAUUGUUUAAAGGCACAACUAAACUUACAGAGAAUAUGCAUGUUUUACAGAAACUGCAAGUCUUUGUAAAGCAAAUAAGCAUUUUCCCCAUAAUAAUAUUAUUAUUUAAGGUCGUUGAAGAUAUUGUUCAAUUGGGUUAUGGUUAGGACCUACAGAGACUACAAGCCUCUAUAAAACUAGACCCAUGAUUGUGAGUCCCAUGACAACUGUUUAGAUGAUCAGAUAAGGUCCUGCACACACACUACGAUUUGAUAUACUGAAUUCAACUGCAAAACAUACAAUGGUAGCAGUAUGAGAGAAACGCACAAAUGUUAGUGAUCAUAUGAGGUGUUUUCAGUAUGCUGCUGCAGAAUGAACAAACUUAAAAAGUAGUGAAUUGUCGUUGCUCUGAACCCUCCUCUGAUGAAUCACUCGCUCAGAUUGGCUCUUAAAAAUAAAAGGUUAUUUCAGUCCAAAUGAAAAGAAAACUGGAGGAGGGGGAAAAGAGCCAGUGCAUCCUCACAAUGUAUAGUUCUUUGUAUGUGGUGAGGAGUGACUCACACACUGUUUUGUUUGCAUGACCUUGUGGUGGAUGUGUAGGUGGGAGAUCCAACACAGUGACCUGUAUGUGACCUGCACUCUUACAGGAGAUACACACAUUUUCACCAUAAUGACUAUUUUUUCAUGAUUAUAGGUCAACUUUUUAAUAAAUUCAAUUUUGCCACAGUUCUGUAAUGAUGCAGAAUAAAGCAAAGGUGUCUGAUGAGGAGUGAAAAACAAUGCACUGGAUAAUGAUGAAAUCUCUAAAGAUCCUCAUCCACUUGUCCUCUGCAUAUGGCAGAUGCACCUUUACAGUCCACAUAUUGUUGACAUACAUUCAGUAGGAGGCAUUUUUUCAACAUUACUAUAAUCCUUCCUGCUGCUGUCAGACUCGACAACCAGCACUGCUCCCAGUAGACCACAUAGUCACCUGGACCAUUUCACUAGGUUCUGCACUUUAAUCCAUCCCAAUAAAACAGCUGCUAUUAGUCAUUCACUGUGUGCAAUACCAUUUUCAAAAUGUGCAAUAUCUGUAUUUAGUUCACUCUGUCUCUAUGUAUAUAGUCCUGUGUAUAUUGCUUCUUUGUUCCUAUUUUUAUUACAUUGUCCUGUUUGUACUCUUCUUAUGUUGUAUAUUUUUUACAAUAUUAUCUUGCUUAUACCUUAUCAUUUACUCGUAUUUAUGCCUUUUUUCUAACUUUUUUCAAUCUGUGAUGCUGGAUUAUCUUAUCAUAUUUUAAUAAAUAUAAAUCUUUUUGGCAGUAAAUCUGUUAAGAAAAACGAUUAUGUACAUGUGUGCAUAUGUGUGUGCUACAAUCAGCCUGUGGCAGCUGUUUAUCUAUCGUUUGGGCUUUGGACACAUAUGGGACCUAUAGGCCUAAUUACCGUCAUAAAGUGACUGUGAGCGGCAGCACUGGUAGGCUGAACUGUUCUGAAGAAGGCAGCGGACCCUCUCUGCCUCCAACGCACAAUCACCGCGUCUGAAAUGUAAGCUCAGUCACCCGAUGAAGCUAUUGGCUGGAGGGUUCCAGAUCCCUGCGCACUGCCGAUGGACCGCUCUCAUACACAGCGCUCACACUGACUCAACACACUCAUCAAACCGCAUGGGACCAUGUCGCAGUACACUCUGGGAGUUCACCUGCAGAUUCUGCUGGCUGUGGGUCUGGCAGUGUUCUGCUACUGCUUGGUCCUCGGCUGCAUCCUUUGCUGUCGCAGAAGGAAGAGUGUUUCAUCUGAGGACAAGGAAGCAGUUUUCUUGACUCCUCAUCCUGCUGAGAGUGUGACUGUGACAUUGACUCAGUCUCCGUGUACGCAGCCUGUUAAGCAGCAGUAUGAGGAGCUGGAUGGAGAUGUGUUGGAGUUUCCCUCCUCUAAAAGCAGCUCUUCUCCCUCUGAGGAUGACCUCACUGCUCUGCCCUUUGACCCCAGCCCUACCAGAUCAGCUGAACUGGUGCAGUCUCCCGGGUCUUCUUUCCCAAUGCGACGCCUCAGCACCCCGGUCGUUCCUUGCUCACCCAGUAAACCUCAAAGUCAAAGCAGAGCCUCUUUGCCCUCCCUCACCAAGCUGAAUCUGGUGUCCAAAUCUCGUCGGGCGAUGGGUCGGCGAAGCACCGUGAGCGGUGAAAGUUUUCUUUACAGUGAGAGCAGUCGCCUGACUGCUGGUGCUGCUAAAGCUCCCGUCCAGCAGGGGGAGCCCUGUCUAUCACAGUAUGGCUCAAACUCUCUCUCCAUCCCCUCAAAGCCUGCCCCUCUCCUGCACUUCUCCCUGCUCUUCUCCUCUGCUUGUGGCACCCUGAUGGUCAACAUCCUGGGGCUGUCGGGGGCCAGUCGAAAGCGCAGUGGGGUGUUUGUCCGAGCCAGCCUCCCUCCACUCUGCCCCUCCCCUCAGCAGGUCGCCUCUCGCCGCCGUAGCCUCAGCCCAGACCUCCACAAUCAGAGCUUUGUGCUGCAGGUGGGCUCUGUGGAAGAGCUGCGCACCUGCACCUUGAGACUGGCUGUCUACAGCAGGGACUUCUCAGGCCUAAGAGAGGCCGGGCUGGGGGUGGUGGAGCUCCCCUGUGAGCAGAUGGAGUGGGAGCCCGACAUCACCACCACCUACACCAGGCAGCUCAGUCCAACUAAAAGCAAGUUGAAAAAGAGUGUGAGUUCUCAGGAAACACUGGGUCACAGGAAGAGCUCUGUGUGUGUGCCGAGGGCUUUGGGCCAACUGUUCAUCCUGCUGCAGUACCAGACAGUGGCCCAGCGCAUCAAGGUGAUGGUCCGAAAGGCUGAGAAUCUGGCCAAGCUCACGCGUAUCCCAGGAGCUCCAGACCACUAUGUUGUCAUCAACCUGCGUCAGGAUGGGAAAAUAAUUGGUACCAAGGAGACCAAAGGAGCUAGUGGUCCAAACCCUGUCUGGAAUGCUCCAUUUCUGUUUGACCUGCCCCCUGGUGACAUCACUCAGCUGCCAUUGGUCCUUGAAUUCAUCGUCAUGCAGGGCCGCCUCUACACAAAGAGCAGUAUUUUGGGCCGUGUGUUGAUUGGCAGCGGUGUUUCGGAGGCGGGGCAGGGACACUGGAAGGAAAUGUGCAGUCGGGGGCAAAUAGAAACUGCUCGCUGGCACUCCAUCCAGUCAGAUGUUCUGUAGAACUGAUGGACAGAUUGGGACAGACUGCACCCACUGUCCCUUUGCUGCCUAGCGAAUGUCCAAGAGGGCUGUAGCGGAAGAAGCACUGACCACUGUACGGAGAAGGGAUGUGCAGCAGUUUUCUCCAUAUCAACGGUAUUCUGCAUCCCUGCAUCGCCUUUGUUAUUAUUUCCACUGUGACUUCUGAAAACUGUAGUCUGUAAAACUGUAUCAUUCUGGAUGUACUGUAUGCAAUUUGUGCUGAUGUUGUAGUACUGUUUGUAUUGUGCCCACAGGCUACAAACAUAAUGUUCAAUAGAACUUAACAAAGUUGUGGUGCAUAUACUGUAUGUUACCACUCUGCCUGUGGUUUGCUGUGGUGUAUUACUGUGCCAGUAUUUGUUCACCAACUGUAAAUACCUCUCUUGACUAAAACCUUACAUUUAGUAUGAGACCGAUAGAAUAGCCUCACUUUGUGUGGUAUGCCUGCUGAAUUAUUGUUUUGUUUUGUGUGGUUGCCGAAAAGGAAAAAGAAGUUCUGCCCCCUUAUUAGCCACUGGAAUUUAUGCUGAAUAUGCAGUGGCUUUGUGAUUUUAAAGUCAUUACAGCUUAGUUUUAUUUAUAUUGUCUGAUGCUCAUUUCUCUGCAGUUGGCCGCAUGAUGCAAACUGAUAAUAGCUGAAAUAGAUGUGGUCUAUUUUAGACAUACUUGCAUAUAAUUAAUAUGAGGUGGUCAAAACUACGUAAUGAAUUAAACCAUCCAUUAUUCAGUAAGUCAAUUGAUGCCAAAGCCAGAAACGUAUAUAGAUACACUAUAGGGAAGAGAAAUAUGUCUUUUCCCCCUUUUUAGCCAAAAGACACAUUUAUAUUACUUUUUCAUUUAGAUUAUUAUAUUGACAUUUGUCUGGUCUCCUAUUGUCAGGAUUAAAAGCUGCAAGGUCAGUACCACAGUGCCCAGACUAAAGAUGCAGGAAAUACCUUCUUUAUAAUAUAAUUCUUUACAAUCCUUUCAAUAUUUAAAAAAAUCUUUUUCUGUAAGAAUGAUGUUGUAGAAAAUGUAAUGUGUUACACAUUACACAGUACACACUUAACUUUUUUUGUUUCUAAAAAGGGAUUGUUGUGUUUAUAUGUGAAGUAUAUUGAUCAUGUUGAUGCCUGCUGGUGGCAUGUAUUGUCUCAACUGUAUAUGAAUGUCUUUGCUUUUAAAAGGGAAUAGUUUGAGAGAAUUCAAAAUAAAUCAAUAUAUUAUAUAAAGAAAUGUGGGUAAUACUUCAGAGACUCUGGCUGUGAUGAAGUCAGAAAAGUUGCAACAACAGUGAAACCUGUCUUGACAGCACUUUUAAGGACCAUUAGCUAGCCCAAAUAUGAAAAUUAAAGGU